AUGGAGACCUGCGAAGUCAUCGAGAUCAAGCUUCCUGAUGCCGCUGGCGACAUUGCUGCCUUGCAGCCUCUGCAGGAAUUGCGGGUGGUGGCGCUUCACGGCCCCCAUGUGGUUGGAGAUUUGGCUUCUCUACGCGGCCUGACCAAGCUCGAGAUCCUGACCCUGCACAGCGUGCAGGUCUCGGGAGACCUCUCUGCCUUAGAGAACCUUACGGAGCUGAAGACUCUGAGCUUGAGACAGGCGCCGAUGUCUGGAGACUUUCUGGGCUUGCGGAGGCUGGAGAAGCUUGAGAGGCUGGAUCUUCGACACUUGCAGGGCUCCGGAGACCUGAAAAGCUUGCAAAACCUCAGCCAGCUUAGCUUCCUGCAGCUGGAAGAGACGGGGAUUUUCGGCGACAUUUCGGGUCUGAAAGGACUCGGUGAGCUCACGAGUUUGCACAUUCACAAGGAGCAGGUUUCGGGAGACAUCUCCAGCCUUCAACUGCAGAAGCUUCAGUGGCUGAUUCUGCGGGGGACCCUCAUCUCUGGCGACCUGUCUCGCUUGCCACGCUGGCCCUUGCUUCAGUAUCUGGAUUUCGGAGACGUCCAGCUCUCGGGAGAUAUUUCUGGUCUAAAACACCUGACAGAGCUCAGGGAUCUCUAUCUCAGAAGAAACCCUGGAAUCGGGGGAGAUAUCUCUGGUAUGCACGACCUCACGGAGCUCAGGAUGCUGCACAUCGACAACACCAACGUGUCCGGAGACAUCUCCAGCUUGCAGAACAUGAGCCAGCUCCGUCGCAUCUGCAUCGAGGGCGCCCCCGAAAUCUCCGGGUCUCUGUCAGCAAUGGAGAACCUCCGGAAGAUGAAAGUCUUGAGUUUGGAGAAGGCCAGGAAGAUCACCGGGAACCUGAAAGACCUGCAAAAUCUCCCAAGCAUCCGAUUCGUGAAACUCAGCGAGACGAAGAUCCGAGGCCACCUCACGAGCUUGCGGUACCUGGCAAAGUUGGAGAGGCUCUACAUGGCCAGCACCGACGUCACUGGCGACAUCUUUGCCUUGACACAUUUGCCGAAGCUGGAGGUUGCAGAUCUAUCGAAGACGCGGGUGUCUGGUUGGCUUUCUCCAAUGUGGUUAGGAUGCUGCCAAAGCCUGCGAGAGCUUCUGUUGGCCGACAGCCGUGUCGGCUUUGAGCCAAUGCCAAAAGCCUACUUCAGCGUCUCCACGAAGCCGCGCUUGCUGCCUGCAAUUCAGGCUUUGGACGUGAGCCGCUGCCGGUUUCGAGGCACUCUUGCACAGCUCCUUGUGCCGCUUGCCGAGACAGCUCUCACCAGCAUCGCUGCCGCUGGAAAUGGACUCCAAGGCGAGAUGCCCAACCUGAACGCUAUGCGUCUUGAGGUGGACGGAACCCGUUAUGAGGUCUGGGGCAGCGUGCUCUCUGAAUCCUUGCGGGCGCUAGAUCUCUCGGAAAACAAUCUCACGUCCUUGUCCAUACUCCCUCUGAAGCUGCUGCGGAUAGACUUGAGCCGCAACAUGGGCCCCUUGGUCAUCAGCCCUGUGGUCCUGGCGGAAGCGGUCAAGACGGAGGUCGACCUGAACCUUUAUCGUACCACGCUUGCGAAUCGCGACGAAGUACAACCUCUCUUGCACAAGGAACUCAAGCUGCAGGAUACGAGGUCCCCUCCGGAGGAGAACGCCGGCUAUGCCUGCACUGACCUGGCGGCGACCAACCUCCGCGUGACGCCCGACCGCUUCCUGCCGGAGCAGAUGUGCGUCUGUCGUCCGGGCCACAUAGGCUUUGGCAUUAACUGCAGCACCUGCCCUUCCAACACCUUCAGUGAUACGGAGAAUCAAGUCGAGUGCCACGCCUGCCCACUGCACAGCUCGGCACCGCCCAGAGCCAGCUCCUUGCAGGCUUGCAAGUGCACCUUCGGAAAUGCGAAAGGCGAGGGGAAAGAUGCAAGUUGCCAGUGUGAGGUGCACACAGCCCUCCUGAAAUCGGAAGGCCGCUGCGAGGUCUGUAGCAAGCUACACCUUCGCUGCCCUCAGCCCGGAGCUUUAGCCAGCACCGCCAAAGCGGCAAAGAACUUUGCCCGUCUCUCAGAAAACGCGGAGGAAGUUUUCAAGUGCCUGGAUGCCGGUCGCUGUUGA